UUAAUCCCUGCUACUCUCUCUCUCUCUCUCUCUCUAUAUAUAUAUGUCUCUUCCCAACGAUAACUGAUUGCUGGGUCGUUGCUGCCGCUUGUGGUGGCCGGUUCUGACAAUCGCCGAUGACGAAGAUGGCAGACGUACGGAAUUUGGUUGAGGGGUUAAAGCCGGUGAUGUUGAUGGUGGUACUUCAGAUAACGUACGCCGGCAUUAAUGUGCUGUUAAAGCUCGCCGUCAACGACGGCAUGGACCUCAGAAUAGUCAUCGCCUAUCGCUUUAUGUUCGCCACUCUCUUUAUUGCUCCUCUUGCUCUCGUUCUGGAAAGGAAUAAAAGACCAAAGAUGACGUGGAGCGUACUGUUUCAGUCAUUUCUGUGUGGGCUAUUUGGUGGAGUAAUGUCACAAAGCGCAUUCUUGGAGUCGUUGGCUUUAACAUCAGUAACAUUUGCUUCCACGAUGACCAAUCUUACUCCAGCCGUCACCUUUCUCAUGGCCGUCUCCUUCCGUUUGGAAAGAUUGAAUUUAAGAUCAGUAGCAGGACAAGUCAAGAUCAUUGGAACAAUAGUGGCAAUAGGAGGGGCUAUGAUCCUAACGUUAUUGAAAGGAGCAAAAAUAAACACAGGAUCCUUCCACGUUACCCUGAUGCAUCAUCAAAACAACCACGUGCCAACAGUACUAUCUUCAUCAAGUAUCAAGUCUCUUUUGGGCGCCCUUUGUUCUCUUGGAAGCAGCGCCACGUAUGCUUUAUGGCUCAUCAUUCAGGCUAAGAUGGGCAAGAGUUAUCCAUGUUAUUACUCGAGCACGGCUUUGAUGAGUUUGAUAGCAGCAAUCUUAUCAACUUCAUUUGCUUUUUGCCUUGAGAGAGAUUUGACUCAAUGGAAGCUAGGUUGGAAUAUUAGGCUUCUUACAGUGGCUUAUGCGGGAAUAAUUGUUUCUGGAGUAAUGGUGGUGAUGAUGGCAUGGUGUUUGGACAUGAAAGGCCCUCUCUAUGUGGCUGCUUUCAAUCCUCUUCUGCUUGUAUUUGUGGCAAUUGCUGGUUUUCUCAUGUUAGAUGAGAAGCUAUAUCUUGAAAGUAUAAUAGGAGGCUUGUUGAUAGUGUGUGGAUUAUACAUGAUUCUAUGGGGAAAAGGCAAAGAGAUGGAGAAUAUGAAUCAACUUGCUGCAUCACAGAACCUUCAUGAAAUCAAAGUGAAAUCACCAGAAGAUGAUAAAAGCAGCCCUCAUAACAACAAUCAUGAGGUUGAUGAAUAUGUUAGUCAUAGUGAUCGUUCAAUCAUUCAACAGAAUGCAAGUGAAGUAGUUCCUGAUAGCUUGAAUAAAAUGUAGAAAUUACCAAAUGAUAAAGAAGAAGAACCAAUAUCAAGCAAUACACUUAAAUUGGUGGUUUAGAGGAAAAUCGGAAAGAAUAUCUGAUCACAUUAUUAGUACAAAUAUAUUAUAGUCUUAAAUUAACAGGAAUGAUAUGCAAGGAUCUAUAUGUAAAUUGUAACAUCCAGUGUAAUAUUUAAUAAUUUGGAUUUGACAUUAAAUUGGUUAUUUCAGUUUCAA